GUGGGAAAGACAAAUAAAAAAAUUAUUAAAAAAGGCAAUCAAGUUUGAUGACAUUUUUCAAGUCCAAAAUCCUGAGAAAGAUGGUGAAUCGAACCCAGAACGAGCCAGAGAAUUGUCAGUGCUGGAGGAGAGGAGUGAGGGGCAAACUGUUCCUAAUGGGGAUGCCUGAGCUAGCAGCGCUGCUAAUCCCGCUAGUUCAGCAUCACCGCCGGCACCUCCACUAGCUAGUAGGCCUACUAGCGAGUCAGACUCGGGCGGGAGAGGGAGACGGGGAGCUGGGGGGGACAGUGCCUCAUCCACCGACGAAGUGCUUGAAGCAGGUGCAAUUUGCAGUUCAAGAACAACAAACGUAUAACCAAGGGCUUGUCAUGCAGAAUUCAAAGCUGGGCUGUACAACAUGCAAAAAGGUGUGAUUACAGCAUGAGUCCAACUGGUGACAGGCCCUACUAGGCCUGAACAGACGGAGUGUGUUGGUGGAGGCUCAUCAGUCUCCAGUAUGGAGUUUUUGGUAUGAGCCGUGGCCGGUCCGUUGCUUCUUGGGUCGGUCCAGUGGUGUGGUGUCCCUGUCUCUUGGCGGGAUGCUGAGGGCUGGUGGUCCCCACCAGUAUGACUCCCCUGGACAUGUGGCUAUCCCGCUCCAUCCCCAUGUGCCUGCUCCUCCAGAGCCUGGUCCUCAUGGCCCUGUGCUUCCCCUCCGCCUCCAUGUGUCCCAAGGGAUGCGUCUGCCAGCGGGCCCGACCCGACCCUGGCCUCCACCUCGGCCCUGGGCCCCUGGGGCUCCUCCUUGGCCUCAACGUCACCUGCACCGGGUCCCGGCUCAAAGAGAUCCCCCCGGACCUGCCUCCAGACACCGCCGUGCUCCGCCUCGACCACAACCAGAUCAUGGCCGUCCCCGACCACGCCUUCCGGGGCCUGAGGCUGCUGCGGGAGCUCAAUCUGUCCCACAAUGCUGUGGAGACGCUGGGGGAGGGCGCCUUCAGUGGCGUGGAGGCCACACUGCAGGUCCUCGACCUCUCACACAACCGCAUCACUAGUGUGCACAAGGAUGCGUUCGCCCGGCUCAAAGCACGGGUCCUGGUGGACGACAACCCCUGGCACUGUGACUGCACCCUGCAGCAGGCACUGGGCGGCAUGGCCCACAACCACGAGGCGGCUGCACGUGUCCUCUGCCGGAGCUCCGAACUCCAGGAGCAGGAGGGACGCCAUUUCCUGGCGGUGGACACAGACCUGUGUAACCUGGCCAAGAGGACCACGGACUACGCCAUGCUGGUGACAAUGUUCGGCUGGUUUGCCAUGGUCAUCUCCUACGUGGUGUAUUACGUACGGCAGAACCAGGAGGAUGCCCGGCGACACCUGGAGUACCUCAAGUCGCUCCCCAGCAAGCCUGUGAAGCCCAACGAGGUGGAGGACAUCAGUACUGUGGUGUAACAUGAUAUCAUCACUACUGGAUACUAUAGGACAUCAGUAGUCCGGUGUGACAUCGCUAUAGUGAGAACUGACUGUAUACCAUAGAAUUAGAUUGUCUAAUUAGUUCUAGAAUUAGAAUGACUAAUUGAUUCUAAUUCUAUGCAUGAACAGCAGAAGUUCCGACCUAAACACGGAGAUAGGACCCAUAUUUCUAGUUUUUACAACUGGUUCCAAAUUUCAAGAUGGAUGUAAUGUCUUCUGUUGUGAAAAUGUUUUUAUUUUGUCCUACCUGUGAUGUACUUAAAAUAAAUCAUGAUAGAUUAAACCUGGAUCCUUGUAAUUGAAGCUUCACACUCAAUAUGUGUAAAUUACAAAGGUAAACAUUGAGAAACCCCAAUUUUUAAAAGAGGAGAGGAGAAAGAGGAGAAAUGCAAACGUUAGCGUUUGUCUGUAGGCAUCAAUCUAAAGUCAAGCAUUUUGGAAUGCACAGUGUAGAUGUCAGAAUAUAGACAACGGUAGUUAGUUCAGAUCAGAGUAACAGAAGGGGGAAGACUAUGGGUGUAACACAGAUGGCUUCAUUGAGAUCUGUUCUGAGAUCUGUUCUGAGAUCGUUUAAAAAAAUCUGAAUCUCAGGUUAAAAUUUUGAUAGGUUGAUAAGUCUUUUUUAGAGCAAAAUCUGUAGAAAUGGUUUGUUGGACUAAACUUUUGUAAGGUAAUCUGAAGAGUGUUCUGUGUUUGUGCAUCCAACUGCAUACUUUGUUUCAUUUUAUUUGAAAAAUAACAGGCCCCAAACAUCAAUCAUGAAAAUGACCUUUCAUUUUCAUAUGUGAAAUAAUGGAAUCAAUGAUUUGUUAAAAUGACCACGACAUCACACUGUUGAAAGACUACUGAUGUGCUGUAAAAAUACUACAAAUUUCUUCAUUCAUUUUGUCAAGUCCCUGUACUGUAUGUUGUUGUUGUCUUGAAAUGACAAAGUUGAUACAUUGCAUCUUAGUAGAUUUGUGAUGGUCAGAUAACGUAGCACAAUGUUUUUUGGGGUAGAUAUCAAAUGACCCACAAAAGACUCGGUAGAUUCAAGUGAUUCGUAUGUGUGUCAUGUGAUUUACCAGUACACUAGUAGUGUCCAAGUUCUCAUGUCCUGAGUCCGAACAAGCUUUUCGUGUUACGUGUUAACACAACAACACCCAACAACAAUACUGUGCAUUUGGUUUUUCUAUAUAAAAAAAACAUUUGCUAUGAUUUUUUAUGACUCAGUCUAUGCUUCCUGAAAUAGAAUACAUAUUCAUAUUCAGAGGAAUGUAUCUCACACAAAGCUUCCUCUCUCAGCCAAAAUGUACAUGUAGGUUGUGUCCCAAAUGCCAACCUAUUCCUUACAUAGUGCAUAAAGCCCUAUGGACCCUGGUGGAAGUAAUGCACUAUGUAGGGAAUAGGGUACAGUUUGCGACGCACUCUCAGCGUCACAAACCUGGCGAUGGGAAGACUGUAAUAAUUUCAACACAAACAUCCCCUUUCUGUUCAACCUCAUGCUGCGUUCAGAAUGCAGAUAGAUGCAUGCAUCAUUUACCUUGCCUUUAAAAACACUGUGUACAGUUAUACCCCCAGCAAAGUGAGAAGAGCAAAUUGCAGCUGUCAUUCAUUUAAAUGGAUUUCACUUCCAUCACAGUGACAAGGGUUCACUAAAAUAUCCCAUGGAGAGAGAGGGGAGGGCUGGUCAGAGAGGGAGAGAGAGGGAGAGAAAGCGAGAGAUAAAGAGAGAGGAGAGAUAAGUGAGGGAAGGAGCAAUAUGUGCAGGAAAGUGAGAGAAUGAGAAAAGUUUCUUUCCAUAUUCAAUGCGGAUAAUAAAAAAUAAUAUAUUUUGAAAAGGAAUGUUUACAAAGUUACGUUUUUUUCCCCAGAGCUGCAAGGUGGUCAGUUCAUUUGGGAGGAUUUGAUGAUACGAUGAGCACAGGUAGUUACAACAUUUAGUUACAAGAGGCUGUUACAACAGGUAGUUACAACAGGUUGUUUAAACAGGUAGUUACAACAGUAAGUAGGCCUAGUCACAUCAAACUAAAUGCAAAUAGGUACAUUGUUGUUGUGUGUGAGAAGGAACUUGAAAUCCCUUUAAAUCGUUGUAUUUGAAUGUUGUGCUACUGUACAGCCUUUUGCACUAUCUUGUCCUGUAGAGCAGAGGCCAUGAGUUCAUGUCUCAUGGAUUUGUAAUGGGUUUAGGAGAGGAGACUUUUUCUUUCAAUACAUGUACCGUACUGCAAAUGAAGAAAGCACAGUGUAGCCAAGCCAAGGACUCUGGAAGAAUGUUUAAGUGCCUGAAAUACUUAUCUCACAUUUUCUGUUUCUCAUUUUAACCAAAUUAUUUCACAUUCAGAGUCGGUUUCUGGACAUGAAAGAAGAAAGCAUAGCGUUUCACAGACAAAGGUAUAUGUGUUUUGGAAUCCUUUCAUGUCCAGGAUAGUGUAUAUAGAACCAACACAAAGGAGAAAUUAACUCUUUACUGUUUGCUUUGAAAGAGCUGAUAGAAGUGAAAUUGACUUUGAUAUCCUAGUUUUUCACUGUCUCACUAAAACGAAGACGGGAAAGUAACAUAAAACAGAGAGAAUGUGGUUGUUGUCUUUCUUCUCUGCCUGUCAAUUUUCUUUUCUUUUUAUUAGGGAAAAAAGCUGAAGCUUUGUGAUAAAACUCAAGACCUAGCACUGAUAAAACCAUCCAUACAUUGUAAAGGCAUGUCAUAAAUCGA